AAUUCAUAUCAAUAAAUGAUAUAAACCCCAACAGGGGUGUGCGGAUAACCGAUUUUUUCGGCUAACGGAUAAAUCGGCUAAUGCCGAUUUUUUGAGAACCGGCUAACGGCUAAUUCGGCUAACGACUAAUUUCAAAAUUUUCGGCUAACGGCUAAUUCGGCUAAAAUCAAUCGGUCAAAUCGGCUAAUUUUCGGCUAAUUCGGCUAAUUCGGAAAAUAUUCAUUUGGUUAAGCUUUUUUGUCCAUUCUGUUAAUUCAGGUUUUGGGUUAAUUUGUUCACUGUUAUUGAGCAAAUUCAGUGAUGAACGACUGCUCAAAUAGGAAAAAAUCAUACAAAUUCACCACAGUUUGUUUUCCGAAAAAUAUGUUAGUUGAAUUAGCCGAAAUAGCCGAUCGGCGAAUUCGGCUAACAUCGGCCAAAAUCGGCUAACGGAUAACUACGUAUUAGCCCAACUGCCAAAAAGUCGGCUAACGGCUAAUUCGGCUAAUCGGUAAAAAGGUUGGCUAACGGAUAAUUCGGCUAAUAUUAGCCGAGUUAGCCGAAUUAGCCGAUCGGCGAAUUCGGCUAAAUCGGCUAUUAUCCGCACACCCCUGAACCCCAACCAACUCAUAACUCGAUUAUGGUGCAUCGACGGGGACUUUAUCAAAUUAAUCGAUUUGGCUAGGACAUCUACUCGUUUCCGACGGAGUUUGAAACAAGUAAAUCGAAAAAUUUUCAACGUAAUCAUUGAAUGCUAUGAUGAGUAUUCUUCCGAAUUGGGAAACUAUUUCUGGUAUCGAAGGAUAACAGUUUUGGAAACAGAGAGAGAUAUGCAAUUUGCUUAUCACUUUAUGAUGAAUCAAGAACAAGGAAUCAACUGGGCAACUCAUCAGAACGUCCAUUAUUUUAUUAAUCUGUUUUGCACGUACCACAAGGAUGUGAACAAGUCGCCAUGCUUGUCCUAUGAAACUUCACAAGAGUUAAUCAAUCUUUUGGGCAUUUUAAAUGAUUCAUUUAAAAUCGACCAUGUUGAAUUGGCAAUGGAACGUGAUGAAAUCUUUGGGGAAUUCAAAUCCGCACUGAGUCAUCCAUUAUUUCGGAAAUGCCAUUUUGUUAAAGUUCUCGGCGAGCUAUCGUUCGUUGACACAGAAGACGUGGAAUUCAUAUUGAAGAAUUUCGAUUUGAAAUUUGGAUUUUCAAAUUGUAGUUUUCAACUAGUCGGGUUCAACAAAAAACUCAUAAAACUGUUUUACAAUAUUCCACGGUUGGACUUACGAAGAUGCCCAAAAUUAACAUUAGACGAUUUGAAACUGAUGAAUUGCGAAACGAUUCGAUUCGAUUAUUUUGGUGGAUUCUCGGGAAUACAACUAAACUGGCACAUUCAAUACUGGUUUGCCGGAAAUAUGUCAAAACUACGAAGAUUUCAAUUAAACUACUGGCCUUAUGAGUGGACUGAUGACUUAUGUGAUGGUUUGCCACACUCCGAGUGGAAUCCAAAACGUCGAGCAAGAUAUUUCUAUGAUGAUCUGGAAGUCGUUGAUUGUUUAAAAGGACGCGAUAUCGAAAGAAGUGACGGUCUACUUGCAACUAUUUUAGUCGAAUAUGAUACCAUGUACUUUCUCAUAUGGCAUGAUAGAUUCCCGAUGGAUCAACAAACAUUGUUUCGCUUUACGGAUAAUUAAUAUUUACAUGCUUUUUGAAUUUUUGCAAUAUAAAUUACCAUUUUCUUG